AAUCAUUCAAAGAUAUCUAACAGAAAUAUCUUUCACUGUCGCAUAUAUACCAUGAAGUUAACCAAUUGAAAUGUCUUUUUCGUGCAGGAUCAGUGCAUGCAUGUGUUCUGCGCUGGCGAUGAUUUACGAGUGUAUUCAGUGCAAAGCUUAGCUAAAUACUUGUCUAGAAGAGGAAACGAUUUUAUUUGGAUAAACAAUCAAACAAAAGCAUGCAUACGGAAUGUUUUGCAAUAUUUCCUUAAAUCUACAUCGGAAUUAUCUAGCUAUAUAUAAGCGUUUCAUAUAUGGCAUUCGUAAUAUGACUAAUAUCCCACGGUAUAUACGCAUGAAAUGUUUUUUAUAUAUACGUCUAAUUGAAGUUACCGUUCUGUUGCAUACAUGGGAAAAAGAAAUCUUUUUACUGAAGCACGUGCAUUGAGAGGAGCACAGCAUGAGACUAAAAGCAUCUUUGUUAGGUGUAGGAUGAACCGGAGAUAUCUCAGCAUGUGUUAGACUCAUAUCGUAACCGUUAACUGCGCAGCCUCCAUCAACGGGAGUCCUCGACGGGCGAUUAUAAACUUUAUUUUUCCACUCAAAAUCAAAUAGCAACAAGUUCCGUUCACGUUCACAUCUAGAGCGAAGAUUUGGUUAUCGGAUUAAAGUCUCUCAUCGUGAGCGCCGUUACAGUACGCGGGAUUAAUUAAAAGAAUUAAAAGAUCCCGAAGAUCCUGUUGGAAUUAAAGGUUCCAAAAUUGUUGAUCAAUGAUGAGAAGACGUAACGUUACGCUUGCUUCAAGCACACGAAAUCUGGUCUUGUUGGGAUAUUUUUUCAUUUAUUUCGUCUUCAAUAUAUUUGCAGCUCCAACGCCGACUCCCAAAGCCAUGAAACCUCCAGUAUUUCUCUCGCAACCUGGCCGUUAUGAGUACAAUCUUUCUUUGCCUCGCUCAGAAUCAACCACGUUGAAUUGCUCUGUCCAAAACCCAUCAGAAACAAACAUCACAUGGUACAAAGUCAGAGUGAGAUCAAGAAAAACUUCUAUUAUCCACCCGGGGAAAAACGAUCUAUUCAUAAAAAAAUUGCGAAAUGUGAAGAAAACAGUAGAAUUCAAGUGCAACGUUAGUAAUUCAGCUGGUUACAAGAUACGAACUUUUAGGAUAAUGGUUCAUCCUUCAACGCCGACCCCCAAAGCCAUGAAACCUCCAGUAUUUCUCUCGCAACCUGGCCGUUAUGAGUACAAUCUUCCUUUGCCUCACUCAAAAUCAACCACGUUGAAUUGCUCUGUCCAAAACCCAUCAGAAACAACCAUUACAUGGUAUAAAAUCGAAGUAAAAUCAAGAAAAAAUUUUACUGUCCAGCCGGGGAAAAACGAUCCAUUCAUAAAAAAGUUGCGAAAUGUAAAGAAAACAGUAGAAUUCAAGUGCAACGUCAGUAAUUCAGUUGGCUACAAAAUACGAACUUUUAAGAUAAUGGUUCAUCAAUUUUUUGUAACAAAACCACUCGUUCAAGAUCUUUUUAACGUAACGGUACAAGAAGGAGAGACGGCGAAGUUUGCUUGUCUUGCUGCCGGAGAUGCUUUGCCUCAUAUUAAGUUCGUUCAGACACUCAACGGCACAGAUUACGAAGUGAGAAAACUUCAUAAAUUUGAAAAUCGUACAAGAACACAAACCAUUUCGACGAAUAAGAAGAUUGAGUUUUACAAACAUUAUUUGUGGAUAUACAACGUGACUUUGAACGAUACAGGGAAAUAUGUAUGCAAGGCUGGCAAUUCCAUUGGAAUCACAAGAAAGAAUUUGUUUCUUCAUGUUGUGACAGGCGAGACUGCCACAGACGUAGUCACGAAGGGACUGACAACUUUGGGCGAUACAAAGUCAUCUACAAGAUCCACAACUCCUCACCAGGCUUCUGCGAAAUCAUUGCCGUCGUCUGGAAUGAAGAGCUGGGAACUGGGUAUUGUCAUAAGUGUGGCCUUGGUUUUUGUGUUCGCAUUUGUUGGAGUUUGUAUUCUUUACCGCUGGCAUCUCAACCGAAGGCUUAAUAAGAAGGAGCAAGAGAUUCGUAUUGCGUAUGAAGCUGAGAGCAAGAGCCUUCCCAUGUCUCCUGCCAGGCGUUUCCUAGCGAUGAACUCCGCCCAGUCCUCCUCCGGCUCUCUCACAGGCGAAUUUAUUUUUCGCGGCAAAGUUGGUAGCUAUGGCGACGACUUUGCGCACAUCAGCAUACCGCUGGAUAGGAAAUGGGAAAUAAACAGGGAGCAGUUGAGGGUAGAUGGACAGCUUGGGGAAGGAGCAUUUGGACGAGUUCUCAGGGCAACAGCACUUGGUGUUCCUGGUAUCCCUCAGAAACACACGGUGGCCAUCAAGACUUUGAAAGAAAAUUCCACUGAAGCUGAACUGGUAGACUUGCUUUCAGAGAUGAACAUGAUGAAGAAUAUAGGGAAACACAAAAAUAUUGUGAAUCUCAUCGGUUGCUGUACACAAAAUGGUCCUCUUCUUAUGGUCAUUGAGUAUGCAAAGUUCGGCAACUUGCGACAAUUUCUACGGGAUCGCAGACCAACUCAUGGAGAGUUUAUUGACACGUCCACAGAAGAAGACAGCUCAGCAGACGGGGAAAAACGGAACAGCGAAGACUCCAUAACUUUAUCUGAUCUUGUCUCGUUUGCUUUCCAAAUUGCGCGAGGAAUGGAAUACUUGGAAAGUAAAAAGUGUGUUCAUCGUGAUUUGGCUGCGAGAAAUAUUCUUGUGUCUGAAGACAAAGUUUUAAAAGUUGCUGACUUCGGUCUGGCUCGAGACGUACACGCGAUGGAUUAUUACAGAAAAACGACGGAUGGUCGUUUGCCGGUCAAGUGGAUGGCCAUCGAGGCUCUGUUUGAUCGCGUUUACUCUUCCAAAAGCGACGUAUGGGGCUUUGGUGUUGUUCUGUGGGAAAUAAUGACCUUUGGUGGCACUCCCUAUCCAAGCUUGCCAGUGGAGGACUUGUUCGAACUUCUUCAGUCAGGAUACCGGAUGGAAAAACCUCAUAACUGUCCAAACAAUAUUUACGAAAUUAUGCAGAAUUGUUGGGUAGAGAACCCUAUCAAUAGACCAACAUUCACACAUCUCGUUCAAAUAUUUGACUCCAUUCUCACAAAUCUUUUAUCCUCGCAAUAUAUAGAUACUGGAUCGUCAACAUGCGAGAGGUUGUUGUCAGGAGCUAGUGAUGAGUCUACCAGCGAGCAAAUCCCGCACUUGAUUGCUUUAUCCAAUGAUAGCGUCUUUCGUCGAGACAGUGAAGCGACACAAGAGGGAUACACAAGGCAUAAAGGACAGCAAACUUCUUCCACAUCUGAUAGUCAUCCUUCGUCUUCGUAUGAACUGUUAUCAGCGAGGUGUGCUCCUCAUGAGAGUGAUGUCUAAUGCCGUAAUGAAAAGUUGAAAUGGUUUGGCACUUUGGCUUCUGUUUCAAAGAAACGACAGAGCCUAACACAGUGUGCAAUCACGCAUCAUCACAAGACCGUCUCUAAUCUUCUAUAAACCAACAAAUUUUUUUCAGAAGAUUUAUAAAAGAGUACACUUGUGUGGUGUCUUAAAUUACUCCCACAUCAUGAUUUAAUACAGCUUGAUUUAGGUCGAUAACUGAUCAUAAGUUGGUAAUUUUUAGAAUAUGGUCAGAUUCCAUCUUCCCAGGGCACAAACGUAAUGGUCAACUUCAGAAGUAAUAUUCAGUAAUGCGUCGCAUGAACCUCUGUAUACUCAUGCUAGUGCUUGCUUGUGCACAUAUCCUCAAAAUAUAAUCUUUCUAAAUAUUGUAAAUAAAAU